AUGGCCUCCACCAACCCUACCACGAUAAAAGUGGUGGCGAGGUUCAGACCUCAGAAUAAGAUUGAGCUUGCAGCAGGCAGCGAGCAGAUUGUCGAAUUCAGCAGCGACGACACGUGUUCCAUCUCUUCCAAAGAAGCCAGCGGCGCUUUCACCUUCGACCRCGUAUUCAAGGUCGGCACCCCCCAGCAGGAUGUCUUUGACUAUUCCAUCCGCAGUACCGUCGAUGAUGUGCUGGGUGGCUACAACGGAACGGUCUUUGCAUACGGUCAGACUGGUUCGGGAAAGACGUACACCAUGAUGGGCGCCGACAUUGCGAAUGAGGAYCAAAAGGGUAUCAUUCCUCGAAUUGUCGAGCAAAUCUUCAGCAGCAUUUUGCGAAGUGAUGGCAGUAUUGAAUUCACCGUCAAGGUGAGCUAUAUGGAAAUAUACAUGGAGAAGAUUCGCGAUCUGCUGGUCCCACAAAACGACAACCUACCAAUCCAUGAGGACAAGCAGCGCGGAGUCUAUGUCAAGGGCCUCGGCGAGUUUUACGUGGGAUCUGUUGAAGAGGUCUACCAAGUCCUUGAGCGUGGAGGAAGUGCAAGAGCCGUUGCGGCAACAAACAUGAACCAGGAAUCUUCGCGAUCCCACUCCAUUUUCGUUAUUGAGGUGGCACAAAAGAAUGUGGAGUCGGGGACCGCGCGAUCUGGUCGUCUGUUUCUGGUGGAUCUGGCUGGUUCUGAAAAGGUUGGCAAGACGGGUGYCAGUGGACAAACACUAGAGGAGGCCAAGAAGAUCAACAAGUCGCUCUCUGCGCUCGGCAUGGUCAUCAACGCUCUUUCGGAUGGCAAAAGCACGCACGUACCAUACAGAGACAGCAAGCUUACCCGCAUUCUCCAAGAAUCACUCGGUGGUAACUCGCGGACAACACUCAUCAUCAACGCCUCACCUUCAUCAUACAACGAUGCGGAGACCGUUUCAACCUUACGCUUCGGUGAACGCGCAAAGACCAUCAAACAGAAGGCGAAGAUCAACGAGGAGCUUUCGCCUGCUCAGCUCAAGGCUCUACUCCGCAAGGCACAAGGGCAAGUCACCACGUUCGAAUCGUACAUUUCCACUCUCGAGGGUGAAGUCAAGAAUUGGCGCAAGGGUGAGAGCGUGCCCAAAGAGCAAUGGACACCCGCUUUGCUCGAAAUGGGUAAGACACCAGCGGCGCCGGCUCCGCCUCGAUCUGCAACUCCCACCAGCAGAUUCCGAGCAGGACAGGAAACACCUGGCACUCCUAGACCAGACAGCCGUAUGGAAAUGGAUCGGGCAGGUACCCCCAGCCUUCCUCUGGAAAGGGAUGAGAAAGAGGAAUUUCUUCGCCGGGAGAAUGAACUGCAAGACCAGUUAGCAGAGCGGGAGAGCAGCCUCGCAGCGGCCGAACAAGCUCUUCAGGCUGCACGAAACGACUUGAAGGAGCUUCGUGACGCACAGACUACAACUAUGCGCAGUAACGAGAAGUUGCAGGGCGACACUGAGACCCUGCGCAUGCAAGUUGAGAAGAUUGAAUUUGAGAACAAGGAGGCUGCCAUUACCAUGGACUCCCUCAAAGAGGCGAACGCGGAACUCACACAAGAACUGGAUGAUGUCAAGCACCAGCUUCUCGAUGCGAAAAUGUCCGCAAAAGACUCUUCUGCGCUGUUGGAUGAGAAGGAGAGGCUGAAGAAGGAGCGCAUGGCCCAGAUGAUGGCAGGCUUCGAUCUCGGCGAUGGAUCCAGUCGUGAGGAGCAAGUGAGAGAGAUGGUGCAGCAAGUGUCGAGCUUGCUCGAGAUUGCAGAGAACGGAGAGGCAAUUGCGCCGGACGAGCUCAACGCACUAAAGGAUAGACUUGUGGACCUUCAGAGCCAGGUCCGUCAAGCAGACAUUAGCACCAGCGGUCAAUCCGACUCUGCUCAUACUGCAAUCCUCGAGCAGAAGAUCUUGCAAGCACAAAAGGAGUAUCAAGCCCUGCUCGAACGGAAUCUGUCCGAGGAAGAUGUCGAAGAUGUCAAGAAAAGUCUCUUCGAGUCUCUCUCCAAACAGGAUGGCGGCGUCAACUCACCAGAGCUUCAAGAGGCUCUCGCCAGACAGCAAGAGGAGAAUGCUCGUAUCCGCAGCGAGCUUGAUGCGCUCAGGUCGCAAACCGUGGGCGGCGCGAAUGGCGCAUCGUUGCACAAGCAGCUCGCAGACUUUGACACGAUUAAGAAGUCCCUCAUGCGUGAUCUUCAAAACCGCUGCGAGCGGGUGGUAGAGUUGGAAAUCAGCCUGGACAGCACACGGGAGCAGUACAACUCCAUCCUGCGAAGCAGCAAUUCGAAGCAGCAGCAGAAGAAGCUUGCAUUCUUGGAGCGCAAUCUAGAGCAGCUUACAAUGGUGCAGCGACAACUGGUCGAGCAAAACGCUCAGCUCAAGAAAGAAGUCGCCAUAGCAGAGAGGAAGCUUGUCGCUCGAGGCGAACGCAUCAGAGGCUUGGAGGGCUUGGUGCAGGAAAGUCAAGAAAAGUUGAUGGUCGCGAACCACAAAUUCRAAAGCCAGCUCAUGGCCGUUAAGGAGCGCCUCGAGGCCGCCAAAUCCGGCUCGACUCGCGGUCUUGGACCAAACUCACCUGCACCAUCUGGUUUUGUCAACAACGCUUUCGGUCGGAUAGCGAAACCUCUGCGCGGAGGUGGCGGCGGAGACAGCUCUUCGCAGCCCUCAGUUCCAACAUUCGCUGGCCUGCAAGCUAGCCAGGAGGCCGGAAACUCGGGCAACAAGCGUGCGAGCUGGUUCGCGCGGUCAUGA